AUGGCAGCACAUUGUGCAGCAAAGGCGGCUCCAGCACAUCCCCCUUCUCCCCCACCUUCUGUUUCACCACCUCCCCCUCCUCACAAGUCAAUGCCAGCUCGUCCCUCUGAGCCAACGUCUUCUUGUGAACCAACUCCAGUGCUGCCUGCUACUCCCAGGCCAGUUCCUACUCAGCAAGCCAGUUCCUGCUCCCAGACGAGUUUCUCCUCGCAAGCUUCCAGCUCCAUCUGCACCAGCACCUGCCCCUCGUCACAAAUCAAUGCCAGCUCCUUGUAUGCUCACCCCUGUGAUCCGGAAGGCAACUUCCUUCCACCAGGAACUCCGCCUCCACCACUCACUGACAAGACAACACAUGACUGGACUCCCUACAAGAGCUGGGUAGAGUUCAAGCUUGCCGACUACUUAUUCACGCGGAAUCAAACUCCUGCGCAUUCAAUCGACCAUUUGUGCGAUAUAUGGGCAGCUUCAUUGAUGCAAGCUGGCAGCAAAGCAACUCUCUUUUCAGAUCACCGCAAUGUCUACAAGACAGUCGAUAAUACUCCUCUCGGUGAUGUGAGAUGGCAGUCGUUUACCAUCAAAUACACCGGCGAAAUUCCAGAGGAAGGUGCCACACUGUGGAUGGCAGAUAGUCACGAAGUCUGGUUCCGUGACCCCCACGAAGUUGUUCGCAACAUGCUUGCUAACCCAGACUUUGCUGCGGAGAUGGACCUCAGACCUGUACCUGGAAGGACUUUAUGUCCAGGCGAUUGGGCUUAUAACCAAGCAGACAUGAUAUCCGAGGAUGCUGACACUCAUGGCUCAACAUUCGUGCCUGUGAUUCUCGGGAGCGACAAAACAACUGUAUCAGAUGCAACGGGACAAAACGACUACUACCCCCUCUACGCGUCUAUUGGGAAUGUUCAAAACAAUGUGUGCUGUGCUCACCAAAAUGCCGUUGCUGUCAUAGGGUUUCUCGCGAUGCCGAAAACAACCAAACAGCAUGCCGAGACAGAUGGUUCUUUCCGGAGGUUUCACCUGCCAGCUAACCUGAGGCCGGCCAUGACAAAGCCGGAGGUUGUGUGUUUCAGGGAUGGACACUAUCGCCGUGUCAUCUAUGGACUUGGGCCUUAUAUCGCAGACUACGAGGAGCAAGUAGUACUUGCAUGCAUAGUUCGAAGGUGGUGUGCUAAGUGUCUUUCACGUCGCAAGAACCUCAAUGAGACCAGUCUCCCUCGCUCAAGACUUCACGUUGACACACUAAUCGAGGAGUGCAACUUCGAUACAUUGCGGGUACAGUAUGGUAUAGUUAGCGUCCUCGUGCCAUUUAUGAACGAUUUUCCCCAUGCCAACAUCCACGAACUACUUGCACCCGAUCUCCUCCAUCAAAUCAUCAAGGGGGCAUUCAAAGAUCAUUUAGUUGAAUGGGUCGAAAAGUAUCUCAUACGGGUGCACAGAAAGACACAAGCUAACAUUAUUCUAGACGAUAUUGACCGACAGAUCGCAGCAGUUCCUCCAUUUCCUGGCCUCCGUCGAUUUCCACAAGGGUGCCACUUCAAACAAUGGACCGGGGAUGACUCAAAGGCCCUCAUGAAGGUAUACUUGCCAGCAAUCGAGGGUUACGUCCCUGAAGAUGUUGUGCGCACGUUUAGUGCCUUCCUCAAAUUUUGUUACCUUGUCCGCCACAACAUGCCCUUACCCGUUUUCACCGGCAUCGUGAAAUUUUCAAGACUACCGGAACCAUUCCUAACAUUUUCGCUUCCCCAACAACACUCGAUGUCCCACUACAUCCAUCUCAUUCGAUCCUUUGGUGCUCCGAACAGCUUGUGCUCUUCGAUCAUGGAAUCAAAGCACAUCAAAGCAGUCAAGGAGCCUUGGAGGCGAUCUAGCCAGUAUAACGCGCUGGGUCAGAUGCUGCUGAUUAAUCAGCAUCUAGACAAGUUGGCAGCAUCACACAUGGAUUUCCGCACUCCGUGGAAUGCUCUCAGGCACUUGCUUGUCAUCUGUUCUCAGCAGCACUCGUACUAUCAAACAGAAGGGAAAAAACACGCCCAGACCAUUCCUGCACUAGCCGACGAGCUCAUCAUUCCAGACUUAGCUGAUCUCGUUCAGGAUUUCCUGAUCAAGCAGCUAUAUCCGGAACUGGACCCCUGCACAAGUCCCAAAAAUAUUAUGGACUGCCCUCGUUACGAAGGACAGAUACGAGUAUACAAUUCCACAGUGUCGACAUUCUUUGCACUGAGCGACUUAAGUGGCAUUGGCGGGAUGAAACACGAGUACAUUCGCGUGUCCCCCAAUUGGAGACAAGGGUAUGCACGCAAAGACUGCGUGUUCAUUAUUACUGACCCAAAUGCUCACAGAAUGCUGGGUAUGGAUGUUGCCCGGGUACUUACCUUUUUUUCUUUUCGGCUCAGAGAUAGAUAUUAUCCGUGCGCAGUCGUCCGCUGGUUCAAUCGAGUUGACGACACACCAGACAACGAGACUGGCUUGUGGAUGGUGGAGCCAUCCUCUAUUGAGAAUUGCGCACACUUUGCAGUGAUUCACAUUGAGUCAAUUUUUCGUUCUGCACAUCUUAUUCCUGUGUACGGUACUGAACCACUCCCCUCAGUCAUUAAAUUUCACCACACCCUCGAUAUAUUCACCCUCUUCUAUGUGAACAAAUACACCGAUCAUCAUGCAUUCGAAAUCACUUCUUAA